AUGGGCGGAGCCGGAGGGAUGGGCGGAGCCGGAGGUGCAGGUGGAAUGGCCGGAGGCAGGAACUUCGCGCCUAUCAUCAUCGAGCAGGUGGCGCCGGCGCCCAUCACCGUGGGUCUGCCGCUGACCCCGAACGUGAUCGACCACCAGUCGGCGCCGUACGAGAUCAACUACUUCGGGACCCCGUACGUCGUCAAGCACAAGCAGAGCGCCGCCCUCAACGUCUACACGCAGACCCCGGUCGUCGUGGACACGUACGCCGAGCCCAAGGUCCAGGAGCACGCCGCCGAGCCGGCCGUCAUCGUCGAGGAGAUCUGCCCGUGCUCAGGGCCGAACGAAAUCCCGUGCCACUAGGCGGUGCGAUUCCCAUGUCAUCGUUGAGAUUCGAGUCCAUCUUAAUAAAACACUUGAAUCAUGGAA